AUGCUCUCUCAACAUACUCAGGUGUAUCGAGGUCUUCUACGCGAAUUGAAGAGAUCUUCUCUUCCUCCUCACAAAAUCAACCCGGCUCUUUCUUCAAAUUUCCGGAGAUUGGCUGAGCAGGCUCGUCGUUCGGACCCCGUUCUAGAGGAUUUGAGGAAUGCGCUGAUCUUUCUGGUUGCGCAGCGAGAGCACAGAGUUUUACUCGACCGUUAUAAUCCCCUGGUGGACUUGACUGCUGAAGAACGGAUUCAUGCUACCGCUCGUCGGGUCCUUCGCUGUGAUCCUACAUCUAUCUCCUUUGACUCUACCGGCAAACCCAAAGUCACGUCUCAGGACACAUUGAAUUCGUUAUCCAUCGCUGCUAAAAAUCUCGUCGACCUCCAGCCUGUUGCGUUCCCAACAGAAACUGUGUAUGGCUUGGGCGCACUGGCUUUGGAUAGUUCUGCAGCCUCAUGCAUAUUUUCCGUCAAGGGUCGACCUCCAGAUAAUCCUCUCAUCGUUCAUGUAUCCUCUCCUGACAUGUUACACACUUUACUUCCUUCGUCGUUUAAAAUGCCCCAGUCAUAUGAGCUGCUUAUGAGACGAUUCUGGCCGGGUGCCUUGACCUUAUUAUUCCCUAGCGACCCAAACACGAUCCCUUCUAUCAUCACGGCUAAUCAGCCCACCGUUGCUAUCCGCAUGCCUUCUCAUCCCGUGGCCCGCGCCUUGAUCGCGCUUGUGAACGCGCCUGUUGCAGCACCGAGCGCCAACUCUUCUGGAAAGCCCAGUCCGACCACAGCUGAACAUGUCCGUCGUGACUUGAGCGGGAAACUGAAUGUGAUCCUAGACGGCGGUGCGUGUGAUGUUGGCCUGGAAAGCACAGUCGUCGAUGGCCUACAAGAAGACGGCAAAAUUCGGGUACUCAGACCAGGUGGAAUCAGUGUGGAGGACAUCCAAGAGACAUUACAGGAGGGCUUCCAGGAUCAUGCGCUUGUUCCCCAGGUUCUCGUACAUCGACGUGAUUAUCGUGAUAAGGAAUUGGAAGCAGCACCCACGACGCCGGGCAUGAAAUACAGACAUUACUCUCCCGCUGCUCCAGUCACGCUCUUAAUGACUACAUCUGCUCCUCCCGAGAAAGUUGUUCCGUCAAAGGCUGAAUCGUUUUUGAUCUCAUUAAAGAAUGAGAUGGAACCUUCAGCAUUUGUUAAAGUCGGUGUUCUCGUUCUCACAAACUCCAUCUUGGGGACCUUGACCCUUCCCGUGGUAGAUGGUAUCGAAUGGCGUCGAUACGAACUUGGACCCGUGGAUGACCCUUCGGUCACCGCACGGCGUCUCUUUGACGGUCUUUUGACCCUUGACCAACAGGGUGUGGAUAUGAUCUUGAUCGAGGAGGUUACCGAAACAAAAGAGGGAUUAGCCAUUAUGAAUCGCGUUAGAAAGGCCGCGUCAGAGGUACGAUGGAUCACAUUUUAG